UGACCACAAGCAUCUCCUUUAUGCAACAGAAAGCAGGGAGGCUGUGAGAAACAGACGGUAAUAGACAGAGAUACUUGCUGAUUCAGUGAUUCAUUUUAGUGUCAUUGCCCGGUUAUAUUAACUGGAGAAGCAGUUCGGAGCACGACCUGGUUAGACCCCACAACCCUACCCACCCACUACAACCCACUCUGCAGAUGCUGCUGCUGCUGCGAGGACUGCAUGACACUUCUGGGAAACAGACACAUCAGCUCAGAGAGUGCAGACACCCUGUGCAGUUUAUGGUUUAGUUUGACGUAAUUACCCUUUUAGUUAGAGCUCUGUAUGCAUACUGCAACUUCCAUUUGUCUCUGCAGGGGUCUGGAGAAAGGAAAUGAAAGUUUUGCAACAGUGGACAGGGCAGAGGCCUCCCAGCUUCCUGCGCAGGUGUUCCUUGUAGAUGGAGGUGGAGGUACGCAGCACUCUGUCCAUCCACCCAAUCUUGUACCCUGCUGGUCCUUCCCGCCUGCCCAGGAGAGGGCGCGGAGCCGUGAGAAGAGUCGGGGCUGCAUGGGAGUCAGCCCCGGUCUGGCCCUGGUCGUGCUGUUUCUUUUCCUGCUCGUGUUUGCAGCCCUGGGGUUCGAAGCCUACCAGAUUAACCACAUGCAGCAAGAACUGAAAGAGUUGAGAACGGUUCAACCCGUGACUGAGUUUAAUACGCCCCAGAAGCAAAUUGGUCAUAAACCCGAGUUCAAUGGAAAAGACAAAGACAACAGACCUGCAGCACACGUGAUAGGGCGGAUUGAAAUAGAACACUUCCCUAAGACUUUGCGAUGGGAGUCCAAGACAGGCCGGGCGUUCAUAUCCGGGGCAGUGGCUUACAGGUCUGAAGACGGUGCCCUGCAAGUCAAUGAGACUGGACUCUACCACAUUUACUCACGAGUGGAGUUGAUCUUUAAGGACUGUUCGUCCUUGUUCGUUCACUCGGUGUUUGUGAGGAGAGCGGGGCGCCCCUCCCCACUGACCCUGAUGGAGGCCCACAGGGAGGGUUUCUGCUCUCAGCAGCAGGGCCACCCCUGGACCACAGACAGUUACCUCGGCUCCGCCCUGCAGCUGCAGAAAUCCGACAGAGUUUUUGUGAAUGUAUCACACCCUACUUAUCUUAGUCAUGCUUAUUAUGCCAAUUUCUUUGGUCUCUACAAGAUCUGAAGGCUUUAGUGUAAUGAUUUUACUCCACUGAAAGAAUGGAAACCUGAAUGUCUCUGAAUCUUACUCAUCACUUUGGUUCCUAUGUUGAAUGUGAUCGCUAUACAGUCCCUCCAGAAAAACACGAUUAUGCGAUCGCAUAAUUCAAUACAUAAUUUGCCAAAGUCUGUAUAUUUAUGCGGAGGCCGCAUUUUUUUCAAAUACACCACACUUUCGCCACAUAAAUUGCCGAUUUCCACGCAAAAUAUGCAGGGCUUUUAUGAUUUCAUAAUCCCCACAUUUUCGUUGCAAA